CAAAUGUGGAGGACAAUUUAGAGUUCUCCGUGUGUCACCCUGCUAUUGCUCAUACACAGCAGCGACAGGAAGGUUGUCGGAAGAGAAUUUGAGGAAACGUUGUAUGACGUAGACAGACUGAGGUGCGGACACAUUAAGCAGCGCGCGGUGAUCACGUGGUUAAUUUGAUGCACUGACUGCACGAGGUGAUGCUGCGAGUGUUGUUUGCUGAUUUCAGUGGAGAGCAAUAAAGGCGUUUCUGUGCACGAGCUCAGCGAGCAUCGUUGCAGUAGCUGCUGUUGGAGCAGGUCUGUUAUGUAACAGUGUGAGCAGUCUGUAGCCUCUAGUGACUGUUACACACAGACACACAACACCAUCCCGUGCUCUUUUCAGUAUUCUGCGUGACUACAGCAACAUGACUAUGAACAACACAAACGAUACUGAAUGGGAGCUCUACAAAUACCACUGGACCGUUCAGUAUCUAUUUUACAAAGUGUACAUCUGGGUGCUGGUAGGUGUGGGUGUGCCUGGCAAUGUCGCCUGCAUCUUAGUAACCACAUCCAUGACCCUCACUACAGCCACCUUAUACAUGUCCUUGCUGGCCGUAGCUGACCUGUUGGCUCUGGUACUGAGGCUUAUAUCUCACCAGAUCUUCAUUCACAAUGUGACAUUAAAUACCUUUGUUUGUAAAGCCGAUGUGUUUGUACAGUUAGUCAGCUGCUACGCCAACUGGACUCUGGUGCUGGUCUGUUUUGAACGGCUUUUAUCCAUUCGCUUUCCUCUCAAGAAGAAAAUCUACUUCACCAAGAAGAGAGCUUUUGUCAUCGCCGUGUUACUGGGGAUGAUACUGUGUUUGUGUUAUCUUUAUGAGUUCCUUGAAUUAGACCACAAAGAGGAGACAUACUGUUAUUAUCCGGAGUCUUCUCUUGACUUCGUCAUAACCUACUGGUACUGGAUUAAAGCCUUCAUCUACUGUUUUCUUCCCUUCAUCCUCCUGCUCAUAUUUCCUUGCCUCAUCAUCGUCAGUCUCAGGCGGCAACGAAAGGCACGCGAGGCCAUGGUCAGGACAACCCCGGUUACGUCAAGGGAGACAACGCAGACAAGAGUUGAGGUCGCCAUCUCUGUGAUGGUGGUGUGGGAUGCAAUCGUCGUCAUUGUCACCUUCGCUCCGAUGUGCUUCUAUUACCUUUUGCUACCAUUCAACGUAGUGAAUAUGAUAACUGGGUUUACGAGAAUGUUAUUGCAUAUAGCAGUAGGCUUUAUCAGAAGCGAACUACGCUGUAGACUUUGUGAUAUACUUUGCUGCCUCCAAGAAGUUCCGUUCUCGUUUUAA